CUGGCAUUUGUAUUUUGCACAAGCAGCGAGGUUGUGGCCAUUUUGACUGUGGUCACUACAUUUCAUUAAGAAGCACUAGUAAAGAUUGUGAGUUCUUUACUCAUGAUGCACCCUUCUUCUGUCAGGAAAAAUUGGAUCCUUGGACUCAGGCUUUGUCCGAAUUUGGAAAAGGAAAUGAGGUAAGUAUCAUGCGUGACAUACUACAAAUGCAGAGUAACAAAGACAGAUCCCAGCAAAGUGACCUAUCGAUGGAUCUGCGGAAAACUGCCGCCGAUAAAGGAUUUGUGGUUUUUGAUAACCCAGCUUCUGGAAAUUGCAUGUUCUACACAUUAUCACAUCAACUGCAGAUCACGAAAGGAAUCAAGAUUUCACACAGUCAAUUGCGUUGUGACUUGGUCCAGUUCCUGGAGAGAUAUCCUAACCUGAAUGAUGGAACAGAGCUCUUCACCUUUGUCUAUGGAUAUCGAUCAUGGAUUGAUUACUUGAGAAGCAUGGAGAAAGAUGGCACCUGGGGCGAUCACGUGAUCCUUUAUGCUGCUGCAAACUGUUACAAGACUUGCAUUCGUGUGAUCAGCAGUCUUGGCUGUGAGGUCAUGAUCAGUCCGAACCAUCCCACGGUGAUCAACACCAAUCCAUUUGUGGUCGGUCACAUUCACGAGAGGCAUUAUGUAAGCCUUCUGUCCAGACAAGCAGACAAUAAUGAUGACGAGGUAGGAGUGGAUGAAGAAGAUGAAGACUCGGAUACAUCUCUCAAACUUUUCAUGAAAAGAGGCAAUGGACAAAAGCAAAAGAAACCUGGUCGAAAAGCCAAGUGGUGUCCACGGGCACUUGAUGAUCUCACUGCAGCCCUGACACAAAAAAUUGCAUCUGGAAUCCAACGAUUUAAAAAAGAUCAAGGAUUAGGAAAGUGGUUCACCACUCUCUUUGAAGUGGUGAAGACAAGGGAAUCUUGCCAGCCCAAUUUGGCACUAGAGCCCUCAGCUUCAAGUUCACCUAGUGAUUUGUCUGUGGAAAUCUCGGAUGACAAUGUCAAGGAAAAAGAACCAUUUGUUCCAAUAAAAACAAAAAGAAGGCAGUCGUCUAAAGAGAGACUGGAUUCAGCAACAACAGAGGUAUUGACCCUUGCAGGAGAGGCUGUUCAAAACGACCCCAACUAA